GAUUCGUUCUUCGCGCCACGCCCUCUCAACGCUGAAGUUUCACUUGCACGCCUCGAACCCUGAAGAUUCACGCGCAUUGUGUUCAGUCUCAUGGAGUAACUCAACUGUGUCGCCAAAACAGGUGCAGUGUGUAGCCAUGGCUGCAUGGGUGGAGGCGACCACAAGGGAACUGAGCAAGUCAACGCCGCUCAUUAACCAAAGCAAACCUUCAGUUUCCGCCUCCAUGAUCUCUGGAGACAUGGGGAAGCCGGCGCUGGGCCCAAAGCCCCAUCUUAUGCCAAAACCAUUUUCCCUCCAAAGGAACGCAACUGUCCGUCCGAUCAAAGCCCCAAGAAUUGAAGUCGGCAAACUUUCAAGGGCUGCGUCUUCCGAUGCGCUCGACUUCAGGAAAUCGGAUUCGGGAGAGACUAACAUUGAUGAAUCCAUAAAACCAAAUGCAAAUGGCACUUUAAAUGCAGCUCCUAAACCGAACCCUCUCACCCCAAAACCUGCCUUAACGCCAAAGCCUAAAUCUGUCCCUGAACCUAAUAAACCAACCAGUCCAAAUUCAAGGCUAGAUAUGAGUGCCAUCUCAGCUGAAGACGUUCAGCCCAGAAGCAGAGCAAAAUCUUUGGGUUCUCAGGACCAAAAGCCUCUCAGACAAAAGCCAACCGAUGCCAAAGUGUCUUCAGCGUGCUGGCCGGCUAGAAAUCGUCUCUCUGUUGGGUUGACCUCCAUGUUUGAGUCAUCUUCAAAACCAGAGAGAGAGGUUAGUUCUGUUAGACGAGAUGCCAAAACCAGCAGGACAGAUAAACCACCGCUUUCACCAAUAGAGUCGAGGUUUUCAAAGCCACAGGUGGAGACAGAAGAGGUGGAGGACGAGGAGAUCAGCGGGAGCAGCAUUAAGAGACGCAUCAGUCUGCUUUUUGACCGUUCCUCUGCCUCCCAUACCAGGGACGCUUUCAAUAAAAAGGACACUGCAUCUCCUGAAAUAUCAGUCGAUAUUAAACAGAGAAUCAAGAAUCUGAGCUUGACUACGCAUGAGCCAAGAGUUCGGCUGUCAUCUGCUGGUGACCUUAAAAGUCAACCGCAUGAGAAGACAUCGAGCAACUCAGACGAACCUUCGUUCAGUGAGGAAUCCCUUGAGAAGCCUACACAGUCGACACCUGUACAAAACGGACCAUCGAAACACUCUUCACCUCCCAACGCCGUGCCUGAGACGAACGUAUUGCUGGAAAACAAGAAGACGAGCCUUCGCUCUACAGGUGAACCUGGUGCUAAUGUGGGGGAAGUUGAAGAGGACAAAGAGAACCAUGUCGCUGUGCCUCUGUACAGGAGGGUUGGGAUAACCAAAGAUCUAGAGAGAAAGAGACAAGAAGAAGAAGAAAAACAACAACAGAGAGAAGAGCAGCUAGAGAAAGAAAGGAAAGAGCAGGAAAGAGAAAAGCAUUUGGAAAAAGAACGGAAACGUGCCGAGGAAGAGAGGCGCUCGAAAGAGGAAAGAAAACUGAAAGAGGAAAAGCAAAAACAAAUAGAAGAACAGAAAAGGGAAGAGGAAGAAAGAAUGAAAAGAAUCGAAGAAGAAAGAAAACUGGAGGAGGAGAGAAAGAGAGAGGCUGAGCAAGAGAGUCAACGAGAGCAAGAGAGAUUAGAACGAGAAAAAAAGAUUGAAGAGCAGAAGAGAAGGAUUGAAGAGAAAAGGGAACAAGAGAGACAGAGAGAGGAGUUAAGACUGAGACAGGAGAGAGAAAAAGAGGAUAAGCUAAAGAAAGAAAGGGAAAUGGAGGAGAAAAGACAAAUUGAGGAGGAAAGAUUGAGACAGCAAAGAAAUAAAGAGGAGAGAUUGAAGAAAGAGAAAGAAAUGGAGGAAAAGAAAAUAAUUGAAGAGGAGAAAAGACUGAGACAGGAAAGAGAAAAAGAGGAGAGAUUAAGAAAAGAAAGAGAAAUGGAGGAAAAAAGACAAAUUGAAGAGGAGGAAAGAUUGAGACAGGAAAGAGAAAAAGAGGAGAGAUUAAGAAAAGAAAGAGAAAUGGAGGAAAAAAGACAAAUUGAAGAGGAGAAAAGAUUGAGACAGGAAAGAGAAAUAGAGGAGAGGUUAAGAAAAGAGAGAGAAAUGGAGGAAAAGAGACAAAUAGAAGAGCAAAAAAUGAGACUAGAAAGAGAAAGAGAGGAGAGAUUAAAGAAAGAGAGAGAAAUGGAAGAAAAAAGACUAAUUGAAGAGGAGAAAAGAUUGAGACAGGAAAGAGAAGAGAGAUUAAGAAAAGAGAGAGAAAUUGAAGAAAAAAGACUAAUCGAAGAGGAGAAAAGAUUGAGACAGGAGAGAGAAGAGAGAAUGAGAAAAGAGAGAGAAAUGGAGGAAAAAAGACGAAUCGAAGAGGAGAAAAGAUUGAGACAAGAAAGAGAAAAAGAGGAGAGAUUAAGAAAAGAAAGAGAAAUGGAAGAAAAGAGACUAAUUGAAGAGGAGAAAAGAUUGAGACAGGAAAGAGAAGAGAGGCUAAGAAAAGAGAGAGAAAUGGAAGAAAAAAGACUAAUCGAAGAGGAGAAAAGAUUGAGACAGGAGAGAGAAGAGAGAAUGAGAAAAGAGAGAGAAAUGGAGGAAAAAAGACGAAUCGAAGAGGAGAAAAGAUUGAGACAAGAAAGAGAAAAAGAGGAGAGAUUAAGAAAAGAAAGAGAAAUGGAAGAAAAGAGACUAAUUGAAGAGGAGAAAAGAUUGAGACAGGAAAGAGAAGAGAGAUUAAGAAAAGAGAGAGAAAUGGAGGAAAAAAGACAAAUUGAAGAGGAGAAAAGAUUGAGACAGGAACGAGAAAAAGAGGAGAGAUUAAGAAAAGAGAGAGAAAUGGAAGAAAAAAGACUAAUCGAAGAGGAGAAAAGAUUGAGACAGGAAAGAGAAGAGAGGCUAAGAAAAGAGAGAGAAAUGGAAGAAAAAAGACUAAUCGAAGAGGAGAAAAGAUUGAGACAGGAACGAGAAGAGAGGCUAAGAAAAGAGAUAGAAAUGGAAGAAAAAAGACGCAUUGAAGAGCAAAGAAUGAGACAAGAAAGAGAAAGAGAGGAGAGAUUAAAUAUAGAGAGGGAGCUGGAAAAGAAACGACGAAUUGAAGAGGAGGAAAGAUGGAGACAGGAAAGAGAAAAUGAGAGAUUGCAGAUGAGGUAUGGGAGAGAGGAAGUUCCUACCAGUUAUGAUUUGAUAUCAUUUGAUACUGAAGAACCAAAACCAUCACGGGGAGUAGAGUCCAGCGCUCGGACCAAGACUGUCUCACCUCAGACAGAUGAAGUGAUUUACGAUGACUUCUCUGUUAAACCACGGAGAUGGGGAACCCGGGAACGUCGUUCCUCAACACCAUCUCCAUCCAGAGAAUCUCCUACUGUUAAUGAAACUCCUGAUUGGUUGCAAUACAAAUCCAAUGAUCCUGGAUUCCAAGGACUAAGUGGAGAUCAGAACUCAGAAAUCAGUAAGCGGCCACAGAUUGUAGAGGAGUCUGAACCAGAAGAUCUGUUGGGAUCAGAACAUGAUGAGGUCACAUCACAUGAGACUGAACUAAAGGACUGUGAUGAAGAUGAAGAUGAAGAACAGGACCCGUUUGAUGGAAUCAGAGAGACUGAUGAAACUAAUAACUCCAAUGAUGAUCCUGGUGCAGAGAACCGACUCAACCAGGUUUUACAAAGACUGACAUCUCAGGUGUCGAGACGAUCCAUUGAUUCAGACACACCAGACGUCUCUGAACCUGAACCCAUUCUGUUUCCUCAGCCUGCAGCUCCUCUUCUGGACUCAAGUUUGUUACGCUCAAAAGUUGAUCUGGGGAAGAAACGAAGUAUUAAACGCAUGAGACCGUCUCGUGCCGUCCGACAGCGUGCGGCUCUGCCAUCUCUCACAGAGGGAACCAAUCUAGACUGGAGGUUUUGUGACUCCACGGAUGCUAAAGCUCCGUCUUCUAACGGACAGGACUCUGAAUCAGAGGAGGAGACUUCUAAAGAUGCCACGCCCACUCCCAGUCAGCCUAAACGAGUUCCUCUCUUUCCUGGAGUGGACCAAUCAGCACUCAUGGCACAGCUAAAGAGAAGAAGUGUAAGGAUGGAAGCUGAAGCUACAGAUGAUCAAACGUCUCCGGUGGUCUCCGCUCGCUCCCCUCGCACACCCACCAGGUCUCUCGGCCCCAGAGUGCUGCCCCCUGUUGACAGCAAAGACGGCGGGGGCGGCGCUUCACCCUCCUGGCUGCUUGAGCUCAAAUCCAAGAAGCGUUUGAGUCAACCUGAAAGUGACGUAUGAACUGACAGAUAUCAGAUGCUCAGAAUGAAUUCAGAGAAGAAGAGAGGUCUGUGAUGUCAUCAAGCUGCCAAAGGAACUGAUGAUGAUGAGGAUGAUGAUGAUGUGCAAUGAAAUGUUCGAUGCUCACAGUCAGAAUGAUCAGAGACUUUAACAAGAGACUCAUCUAAAAUAUUAUUACAACACUUUUCAGUACUGGAACAAUGAAAGCCAUUUAAUUAUGUUUACUUUUAUCAUGUUUUCAUCCAAAAACCCAAAAUCCCAGGAACACAAACGGGUUGAUGUCGUUUGAUCCGUGGCUGAAUGUGUCAGGUCGUCCAUCCGUGAUCUCAAUGCAAUACUGCACUUUAAACCACAGGAGAAAUCUCACAAUCAUGUGUUUCUGAAUGUUUGUAAAAUAAGAUUAUUCUCUUUAAUUCUCUACAGUUUACUCACAGUGCUCUUUUUUUACUUGUUGUCUUUGGAUCAACAUUUACACAAGCAAAUCAAAGCACGAGAUGUUUAAAUGUGUUUCAGUUUACUGUCGUUCAUUUGUGAAUGUUUCAGACUUCAGUCGUGUAAAUCGCUGCUCUUCAUCUGAGGAAAGGUUGAGCUGGGAAACGGGAGUUUUGUUGUAUACAAAUGAAUUUUAAUUUACGGUCAUGGAUCUUUAUUAAAUAUUUUAUAAAAGGUGACAUCAUUUUGUCUUGUAUAGAUGCAUUCAUUUUCUCGUAGUUCUUGGAAUAAAAUGUUUCUGAGUAACAGA